UACUACAUGUGGCGACUGCAGCAUAAAGGAUGGGGUGGAGGGGGAACGAAUCUGUAUGGAGGAAAGCUUCUUACAUUUAUGUGAAGUGGUACAACAUUAGCCACAAGUGGACAGUGAAAAGUUAAGGAAAUAGAUUAUAAUCUCUCGAGCAACCAGCAAAAGCAUUUCAAAGCGAUAAUAGCCUCAAAAGGCAAUAGUAAGUUAAAAUGCAAUAAAAAUUUGUUGACUAUCUCAGGCAGGAAAAGGGGAACAUAGGAAGAGAGAGAGAUGGGCAGACAGUGCUGUGCAGCGAAUGUCUGUGUCCUCCCCCAGAUUCACCUGUGUAAUCGACCCCCUCCACGCCAUGGUAUUUGGAGGUGGAGCCUUUGGGAGGUGAUUGGUUCAUGGGGGUGGAGCCGCCAUGAACGGGAUCAGUGACCUUGUAAGAGAGACCCCGGAGAGCUCCCUCACCCGCUUCUGCCAUAGCGAGGACAUGGUGAGAGGAUGUCUGUGUGUGAAGCAGGAGGCAGGCCCUCGCCGGACACGGCAUCUGCCGGUACCUCGCUUCUGGACUUCUCAGCCUCCGGAACUGUGAGAAAUGAACGUCUGCUGUUUAUAAGCCACCCGGUCUCUGGUAUUGUUUCCUCAGUAUCUGCAGCAGACUCAGGCAGCCGGUAAAGGGCUGGACGUAAAUCCAGCCAUAGGAGAAACCACACUGGAUGUUAACGGGUUAAACUGUGCGAUUAAAAGGCAGAGACUGUCUGGAUGAAGCCGAGAGCCAGGCUUUUGCUGCCCACAGGCGCUGCGAUUGGACAGCAAAGCCUCAGGCGAGCGGAUAGUCAGAGGAUUCCGAGUGCUGUCCCACAGAAAGAGCAGCUAAGGAAGUCGGAGCGACCGUGCUGACAGUGGACCAAGCCGAGUUAAAGGCAGAGGCAGGUCCCUGGGAUGGGAGGUCAGAACGAUGGCAGGGUCAGCAGUGAGGGACGCGCAGCGCUAGUUCCCAGGAGUGUCUGUGGCCAGGGACAGAACUUUGCUGUCCAGGAAACCGAGGGUGACGGGACAGAGGGAGAGGCGGCCAUUCCCAGCACCGCCGAUGGAGAUGUCACCCCUCCCGCCCGGGAUGGGGACACCGAGAGGAGAAGUCAGUAGGGACGUAGACCGUCUGCGUGCCGCUACCAAGCACAGCAGGGCACAGACGACCGGGCAGUGGGCCCCACGGGCCCCAGCGGGCUCUGCGGGCGGGCCGACUCUCGGCUUCACGGGCGGCAGGGGCGGAAGCCGCGCUGUGCAGCGGUGGCAGGGGCGGAAGCCGCGCUGUGCUGCCGCGGCUGCGAGCCUUGCGACAGCGCCGUGAAGCCCUCGCCGCGCGGCGUCGCUCACGUGCUCCUCGCAGCCAAUCGUCGCCCUGCCCUGAGCCACCUAGAACUUUCUCUCCUGCGCCCGGGGGCUUCUGGGAGGCGCGGGAGCUGGCGUGGCCGAGCGCAGAGUGCGUGAGCCGGGGCCACACAGCCGCCCUGAGGCGAGCCCGCCAGGCCUUCCAGGGGACCGGGAGCCGCCCGCGGGGCCGGCGCAGAUUUGCAAACCUGUAGGUGGAAGAAGAAAUCAGAGGAAAUCAGAGGAACUCAGGAAGCGUUUCAAACCGAGUGAUAGAAAAUAGAAAAAUACAACUUCCCCAAAGUAGUGGGAGGCAGCGCAGGAAGCGAUCGAUCGCAGGAAGACGGACAGCUCUAAGUGUGCGCCAUAGAACAGGAGGAGGACACGGACUCGGGGCCCUGACGUCCCUUGAAGGAAGCUAGAAAGAGAAGAGCAGAGAGAGCCCAACGUGCCCUACGGAAGAGACCAGAGCGCCCGGAGGGGAGGCCGAGGCCCACACUGCGAGAGUCCGUGCACGCCCGUCCAGUCCCUUCUGGCCGCCCUCAGGUCCUCAGUGAUGGUGAUGCCACUGGUGAUGCUGCAGGACUGGUGCAGGUGGAGUGGCGCAAACGCACAGCGCUCCCUGCUCAUCCUGGGCAUCCCGGAGGACUGCGAGGACCGGGAAUUCCAGGAGGCCGUGCGGGCUGCCCUGUGGCCCCUGGGCAGGUACCGAGUGCUGGGCAACGUCUUCAGAAAGGAGCUCGGGUUCAGGGUCGCUUUGGUGGAGUUCACUGAGUAUUUAAAUCGAAGUUUGGUCCCCCGACAGAUACCAGGCAAGGGGGGACUCUGGGAUGUGUUCUUCCUGCCCCAGGGCCCUGAUUCUGAGUCACGGGAUAGACCCAAUUUCCCUGCACAGCCCCAGAGGCAAGCAGUGGCUGGCAGGGCAGGUGUGGCCAGAGCUGCAGGGGAGGAGGCAGCUGCAGGGGAGGAGGCAGCUGCAGGGGAGGAGGGAGCUGAGGGUGAGGCAGGAGCUGGAGAGGAAGCAGGAUCCUCAGAUGAAGAGGGAGCUGCCGGGGACACAGGAGUUGCAGGCGUGGUAGCAUCUGUGGGCAUGGCAGGAGCUGCAGCUGAGCCAGAGGCUCCAGGUGAGGAAGGAGCUGCAGGUGUGUCUGAGGCAGGGGCCCCAGAGGAGGCAGGAACUGCCAGUGAGGCAGUCACUGCAGGCGAGGAUGGAGCUGAAGAUGUGGCAAGAGCUGUGGGUGAGGAAGAAGCUGAGAGUGAGGAGGAAGCUGAGGGCGAGGCAGGAGCUGGAGAGGAAGCAGAAUCCUCAGAUGAAGAGGGAGCCGCAGGGGCCACAGGAGUUGCAGGCAUGGUCGCAUCUGUGAGCAUGGCAGGAGCUGCAGGUGAGGCGGGAGCUGCAGGUGAGGAGGAAGUUGGAGAUGUGGCAAGAGCUGUGGGUGAGGAAGAAGCCGCAGGUGAGGAGGGAGCUGAGGGUGAGGCAGGAGCUGGAGAGGAAGCAGGAGCAUCAGAUGAAGAGGGAGCCGCAGGUGACACGGGAGUUGCAGGCGUGGCAGGAUCUGUGAGCAUGGCAGGAGCUGCAGCUGAGGCGGAGGCUCCAGGUGACGAAGGAGCUGCAGGUGUGGCAAGAGCCAUCAACGAGGCAGCAGCCCGGAGCCAGCACUGGCGGCAGACGUUGCAGCCUCUGCUCGAUGCUGUGGCCUACUGGGUACCGAGAAGGUUUUCUGGGGUGGAAGAGCCGGGCUGUGGAGAAGAGUCUUUUGAGAGCUGGCUGCACCAUGCCAACGACACGCUGUACCUGUGGUGCCUCAUGUCAGAGAGGGAGAGGAGGAGGAGACUGGUGGAGAGCUUGGGCGGCCCCGCGCUGGAUCUCAUGUGCGGCCUCCUGGAGGAAAAUCCCGACACCCCUGCGCAGGACUGCCUGGCCGCGCUGGCCUGUGAAGAUGCUGCCCGGACCCAUGAAGAUUGCCUCCCAGCCAAUGAGGUCACCACUGAGGGCACCCCUGUCACUGCAGAAGAAAGCAAGCCUUCCCCACCCAAGGAAGAUACCACCCUGGCUGCCCUUUCCAAGCAAGACACAGCCGAGGCUGCCCCGGCACGAUAAGUGGCCGAUGGGGCAGUUCCUGUCACAGUCGACCGUGGAGAGGCUGCUCCUGACCCCCAUGAUGCUGCCCAGGCCGCCUGGGCUCGUGAAGAUGCUGCCCAGGCCGCCCUGACCUGUGAAGACACCGCUGACGCUGCCCCGGCCCGUGAAGAGGCCGAUGAGGCAGCUCCUGACACCCAUGAUGCUGCCGUGGCAGCCCCUGCCCCUGAGGAGACCACCGAGUCCUCUUCUGCCACUGGGGAAGGUGAAAAUGUUCCUACUCGUGCGGGGCUAGGUCAGGCAGGACACUCGGGGGCCCCCGGGGGCCCCACCCCUGCUCAAACGGUCAGUGCUUCUGGGGCGGGCCCAGGAGGUCCUGGCAGUAACCCGGAAGGCCUCGCCCAGGUGGGAGACCAGGAGGCCGAGCAGACCCCCAAGGAGGGGCUCAUCCAGGAGGAGCCAGGAAACCAGGACGGGGCUGAGGAGAUGAGCCGCCCCGAGUCCUCCUCGGGCAAGUAGGCUCAAAAGGCCCAGGGGCCCCCUCUCCUCCCAGGCAGCAGAGCCCUGGAGGCAGGGGGAGGCGAGGCCAGGGUAGCCGCCUCACCCCACAUGGGGACCAGGCCGAGGGAGGGGCCCGUCCAGCCCAAACCAAGCCCCUGGCCCCUCACGAUCCCCAAGGGGCCAUGACCCGCACCGUCAGCCGUUCCAAGUGACCAAGAUGAACAUAUGUUACCCCAAAUGGGCAGGGGAGAGGUGUAGCCCCGCUCAAGGCAGCACCACACCGAGCCCAAGCCCCAUCCCCAUCCCAAGCCCUGCCAACUCAGGCAGCCAGCCUGGUGGCUCCCCCGAGUGGCAACCCCGGCCUGGGUGAGGGGCACCUGAGGACGCCUGCCGCCUGCACGGGCCUGGGAGACGUUAGGAGGUCAUCUCAAGGGUGCCAGCUGUCUGGGCCUCCCAACAUGGGGACCCCCGUUCACUGUCACCUGGGGCAGGCUCCUCCCUGUUCUGGGAAGCCCGCUUGUAUCUCUGUGGACCCUGUAGUUACCCACGUGUCAAGUAAUCCACCCCCAAAACAUACACACACACGUGCCAUCAUUUCUGUGCAGAGCCGUUAGGUGUGUGUGAGCCCGGGGUGGGGGUCCUGGCCUAGCAGGCAGCACCCUCUCGGCCCUGGCACGUGCUGUGAGCUUCAGUGCCAGCCCGGGCUCUGCUCUCUCUCGUCCGGUGCCAUGAGCUCAACUCUGCCUUCUCGGUGGAGACUUAGGCCAACCGCUGCUUGUUCCUGUGGAGAUGUGUGCUUAUCUGAGCAGUGGCCCCCACCCCACCGCAGAGUCCCCGAGCCCAGUCCCAGGAGAUGCCUGGAAGGAUGGACAGACGAGGGCGUGGCCGGCGCUCACCCCGGGACCUCAGGAAGGAAGAACUGGAGCAGGGACAUGGAGGGGCUGCGGGAGGCUCCAGUGGGACUGUGCUCUCAUGUGCCAACCUGCUGUUACUUGUGGCUCAGUUUCCUGGGCUUGGUGUGGUGUCCCCUGUUGUAUUUUCCAGCGUCCUGUGACUGUCCUAUGUGGCCCAUAGGGCAGGGCCCCACCCCAGAAUGUCAGCCAGAGGGGGAGGGGGUGCCGUGGAGUGAGAAGACAUUGCCAGUGUCCAUCGUUCUGCCAAGAGGCUGACCGUGGGGCUCCCAGGAAGGGAGACUGUGGUGGGAGGGCCUCAGCAUGGGGGGCAGCUGAGGCACCCCGUUAGAGACUGACUGUCCCCGAGACCUGUGGGCUGUAGCGGCCGUUAGAAGUUCCUCUCCGUGUUGUCAUUCCCUUCUCUGCAAUGGUUUCAGUAAGUGGUUCUCUUCAAUAAAUUUCAUUGAUCGUUCCA